AUGCAUACUACUCUCCACCUCCUACUAACCGCCGCUCUCCUAGCUGCCCCAACCCUCGCCCACAUCUCCAUGAUCAAGCCCCUCCCCAUAAAACACAAACUAAACCCCAACACCGCCAGUGGCGGCGCCGACUACAGCUACAGCGCCCCCCUGCUAAAAGACGGCAGCGACUACCCCUGCAAGAACUACCACAAGCUGCUCUCCACCCCCGAAGGCACCCCCGUCGAGACCUGGCCCGCCGGCACCGUCCAAACCAUGGGCAUCGGCGACGCCACCGGCGCCAACCACAACGGCGGCUCCUGCCAAAUCGCCCUCUCCGACGACGCCGGCGCAACCUUCAAAGUGAUCAAGAGCUUCAUCGGCGCCUGCCCCAUGAGCACGCGCCAGACGCUCGAAGUCGAGAUCCCAAAGGAGGCAAAGAGCGGGGAAACCAUCUUCGCCUGGACAUGGUUCAACAAGACGGGCCAGCGCGAGAUGUACAUGAACUGCGCCGCGGUGACCAUCACGGGCGGCGGCAGCGGCCUCACGAGCAGCGCCGAGUGGCCGCCCCUCUUCACGGCAAACAUCGGCGGCACAUGCACCACCACAGAGCGCAUCGACACCGUCUUCCCCAACCCCGGGAAGAACGUCGUCACGGCCCAAGGAAACGUCAAUCCCGGCCCCCCCGUCGGUGAAUGCGGCGCCGCGGGCGUCGCGUCUCUGGCGUCUGCCGUGGCAGCCCCAUCACCGACUGAGUCGCCCGCUGCGGCGGCCCCGCUGCCAGGUGGUGAGGCUGCGGCGUGCUCAUGCGUGUGUGGCGGGCCCAGCGGAUACAUGGUCAAUAUUGUACCCGCCGCGGCUGGCGUCUCGGAGGGCGUAAUGGCGGCGCGUACGGUGCCGCCGGAGAAUGUGGACACGAGCGGUGGGGAGGGCUUCUUCAAUGAGCAGGAGAAGACGGGGCCGACGUGUGGUGCGAAGCGCCGUGACCAUAUGCGCCGUCAUGCGAAGAGUAGGAGGUCAGCUACUGCUACUGAAAGGGAGUAA